UUCUCAUCCUCAGCGCUCAGCGCACAAAACUAAAACAGCGUCGUUGGGGAGCGGGUAGACUGCCCUAGUGCUCCCGGGCUCGGCUCAGGCUUCAGGAAGGCUGCAACUUAUCGAUGGAAAGUAGAUAAGAUACUUACAUGGUGGCUCCGAAAGCCCCUAACUCCUGUAUCAGGUAGUUCGAUUCCCCUUGUAUUUAUCUUUUAUCGGCUCUGAGAUUCAUCUCUGAGCUUUAAUCUCCGAGAUACGGUUUCUUUGUUGCAUAUAAUGUAUACAAACCUGACCAGAGCUCAGGGUUUUCCACGGGUUCCAAAGAUUUCUCCGGGUUCUAAAUGCUUCCAAUCAUCCCACGCGUUGAAGACCCAAUGCUUACCAUUUUGCUCAGCUCCAAAACCCUCUCAAAACCCCUUGUUAAAGAAUCCCAAUUUUUAUUCACAUAAGGCCAGGAAUAAAAUUGGAAGCUUCUGUUUGAUGAAUCCAGUAAAGUAUUCAACCGAAUUGCUGCAUGGAACCUUGGAAACGGGAAAACUAGUGAGUUCUAGGCAUGUCUCGUAUGGGCUGCUGCUUACAAGUUCUGGACGUUAUUGCCUUUCAUUAAGGCCGAGAAGUUUUUCGAGUUCUUACGCUGGGAAGGUUAACGAAGGGAUUGGUGUGGGAAGAGCGGGAAAGCAACUUCCUUGGUUAGCGUCAAAUGAAGUUAGGGAAGCUAAAGAUUCGGGGAAGACAAAAGUGACAAGCAUUAGGGGCUCCAUUCAAGAAGAAUCAGCAGAUAAGGAAAAGAAAUUCAGUAACAGUUCUUCUGUGGAGGAAUCUCUGAAGAGGUCAGGGAAGUUAAAUUACAGGUCCUCUUGGGAAGAAUCAAUUCAAAGGUUAGAGAAUUCGACAAUUCUGGAAUCUGGACAUUCUUCUUUACUAUCAUCAGCAAAAUUCAAUACAAAAGGUGAAAUUUCUGCAGUUAAAGAAAGUAGGUACGGGUCAAUGAAGAUUGUGGGAGAACAGAGAAGUGUUUAUGGUGGCAGGCGUGGGAAGUUGGGUGAUGAUGAAGAAGAAGGUAAUGAUGAAACAGAGGAGGCUAUUGACGACCCAAGGUGGGAUAACAUAAAAAAUAAAUUCAGGGGGAUCGCGGGAGGAAGAGCUGGAUCAGAGAGACCUGAGCUUCGGAGAUGGAAUAAGCAGGAAAGUUGGGGAAGAAAGACAUGGAAAGAGGCCACACAAUCAACUGUGCCUAAGAUUGUUGGCGAGGGAGUCUAUGGAGUUGGACCAGUUUUGGCUGCAUUAUCAGCUGGAAGAAGGGAAUUCUAUGCAUUAUAUGCACAAGAAGGACUGGACUUGAGUAGCAACAACAGGAAGAAGAAGGACAAGAAAGGAUUUGAGAGAGUUCUGAGGAUCGCUGAAAAGAUUGGAUUAAGUGUUAAAGAAGCAUCAAAACAUGACCUUAAUAUGGUAGUUGAUAAUCGCCCUCAUCAAGGCUUAGUGUUAGAUGCUUCACCGUUAGAGAUGGUAAAAAUAAAAGAAUUAGAUCCUAUUUCUGUUGAGGAAGGGAGAGGUUGCCUUUGGGUAGCCUUGGAUGAGGUUACUGAUCCUCAAAAUUUGGGGGCAAUAAUUAGGUCUGCUUAUUACUUUGGAGCUUCUGGGAUAGUAUUGUGUGCAAAAAAUUCUGCCCCAUUGAGUGGUGUUGUAAGCAAAGCAAGUGCAGGCUCGCUUGAAUUGAUGGAGCUCAGAUAUUGCAAGAAUAUGAUGCAGUUUCUAGUGUCUUCAUCUGAAAACGGUUGGCGAGUUCUUGGAGGCUCUGUGUCCUCAAAAGCUGUCUCCUUGGAUGAUAUUGUUCCUGGUCCACCUACAAUUCUUGUUUUGGGCAGUGAGGGGACCGGUUUGAGACCUUUGGUUGAGAAAUCAUGUACUCAUUUAGUUAGGAUUCCUGGGAAUAUUCCUGUUGAUCUGACUGCUAGUGAAUUAGAUGGUGAAACUACUGGUUUGAAUUGUGAGAUUUCUGGUAAAGACUUCCAAUCAUAUUUAGCUGUGGAAAGCUUAAAUGUUAGUGUUGCAGCGGGAGUGCUGCUUCAUCAUUUAAUUGGAAAAAAGUUAGAGGCAUCAUUGCCACAUGUGGGUAGUCAGGGUGAUGCACUUGAAUGAGAACUUGGAAGAUCGUUGAACGCGAACAUUGACUUUGUUUGUGCUACUCCGAGUUUCUCUUGGUGAAACCUUGUUUAUUUCUUUCAUCAUGUAUUGCAUAACCGGUUAUCUCAUUGGUCAUGUAAUGUAUUCAUCUUACGUGCUCAAUUUUUUAGGGAGUGAAUUAUGUUUAAGGACCACAUUCAUGAUUAAGAAUCACUAAUGAUAAUUUUCAAAAUAA